CGUGGUCGCGCUGCAUCGUGACGUGCCAUCAGCUGACUGAGUCCACGGACGACCAAGUCUAACCUUUCGUCGACUUUGCUGUCGUGCAUUCCUCUGGUUCUUCCUCCGGUUUGGCGCCGCUUCGACAUGGCGAGUCAGUCUCAGGGCAUCCAGCAGCUGCUGCAGGCCGAAAAGAGAGCGGCCGAGAAGGUGGCCGAAGCCCGCAAACGCAAGAACCGCCGUCUGAAGCAAGCCAAGGAAGAAGCCCAGGCUGAGAUCGAGCAAUAUCGUCUGCAGAGGGAGAAGGAAUUUAAAACCAAAGAAGCUGCCGCCCUGGGUUCCCAUGGUAACAGUGCAGUGGAGGUGGAUCGUGACACGGCUGAGCGGAUGGGUCGUAUCCAGGCCAGUUACCGUGGUAACAAGGAUGCGGUGCUGGGUGAGCUGCUGCGUCGUGUCUGCGACAUCCAGCCAGAGUUUCAUGUGAACUACCGUGUAGCUGGAUAAAGUCAAAAUGAGAUGGGCAGCGAGACUGAGGAAGCAUGGAUGUUAAGACCAUUAGCAUUUUUAGCUUCAUUAGUUUGGCUUACAGCCAAAACCUUUUAGUUCACUGUGUUGAUUCUAACCAACAACAAGCAAUCUUUAUUUUGAAUGUUCCUGACCUCAUGCUCUCCUGCUCCAUUUAAGAAGAUAAAUGUUGUCUGUCAUGAUCUUCAUGAAUUAUUUAUAUAUCAGGACUAGAUUUUGUUGUGCUGUUCAGUGUUUUCUGACCCUAAUAAAGUAAAAGUAUGUCAUGCAAAAGUCAAUGUGUUCGGAUCAGUCAGGGGGUAAAAUUGAUAGGCUUUUAUUUCUGUAACCAACUUUAUUUUUGUUAUCGUUUGUGGAGUGUUGUUGAUCAUAACUGAUUAAAGUGAUUGGUUAAAACUUUGA